GAAUCAUUCAUAUGUUUGAUUGUUAUUGGCUAAAUUAAGAGGGAAAAUCAGAGAAAGUUGAGGAGAGCCGUUGUUGUUGUUUAUGUAAGAUAGUCACAGAAUUGAAUGGCUAAUGCAAAACUUAUAUAAAUUCUGACCAUUACAUUUAUAAAUAUUGUUGCCUAGAGAAAAAAAGGAAAAGAGAGAAAGAGUUACCCCAAAAAAUGAGCGAAGAACAGCUGCAGAAACCUAUAGAUUGUGCUGAUGUAAAAGGAGAGGCAGAGAAGAUUUCGACAACGGAGGGAGGCAUUAAGGCGGCGGAGGACAAAGAGAAAGGUGUUGUAGCCGAGGCCUCCGGUGAACAGGCGGAGGGAGAAGUUAACCAGAAAAAGGUGGUAGCUAAUCCUCUGAAAUCGGAAGGAACCAUAACAAUUGGAGAGGCUCUAGAGGCAGCGGUUCUCACGGCAGGGAAUAAGCCGGUGGAGUGGAGUGACGCAGCCGCCAUUCAAGCGGCCGAGGUUAGAGCUACGGGGCGGACCAAUAUCAUGCCCGGCGGUGUUGCGGCUUCAGCUCAAUCAGCCGCCACUCUUAAUGCUCGUAUCGGCUCUGACGAUACCAAGACUACGCUAGCCGACGUUCUCACUGGAGCGAGUAGCAAAUUACCAUCGGAUAAAGCAGCAACGAGAAAGGACGCAGAGGGAGUGACUGGCGCCGAGAUGAGGAACGAUCCUCAUCUCACUACAUACCCAACCGGUGUGGCUGCCUCUGUCGCUGCCGCCGCUCGGAUCAAUCAGUCCAAAUGAUGCAAUUCUUCUUUCUUGUUAUUGAGAAGCAAGUUUAUAUAAACUUAAACAAAUGUAUAUAUGUUGAUCUAUAUAAGAUUCUCAAGUUUUUAAUUUUACCUAAUUAAAA